AUGCGCGCCUCGUCCCCGCUCAUCCUUCGGGGCUUGGGCUUGCGCACUGGUCCGCGCAACUGCCGUCCCUCAAUCGUACAGCUUUCCAAAACCACUUUGAGAAUCUCCUCGCGGACAGUCGCCAGCUAUACCCAUCCCCAUCAUGCAUCAGCGCUUUCCAUUCUCCCCACAGCCGUGGACACAUCGUCCCCCGAAUUCCAGGAAAACAGCCAGCAAAUGCAAGAGCUCCUCGAUCGGAUGAGCAGCCUUCACGCCAAAAUUGCUCAGGGUGGGCCGCAAAAGGCCCGGGAUAAGCAUGUUGCUCGUGGUAAGAUGCUGCCUCGCGACCGGGUCUCUGCCUUGAUUGACCCGGGCACCUCUUUCUUGGAGCUGUCACCGCUGGCUGGACAUGAGGUGUACGAAGGGGAGGAUGUCCCCGCUGGUGGGAUUAUCACAGGAAUUGGUACCGUGGAGGGCGUGAACUGUAUGAUUGUCGCCAAUGAUAGCACAGUCAAGGGAGGCACGUACUAUCCGAUUACUGUUAAGAAGCACCUUCGGGCGCAGGCCAUUGCCCAGGAGAACCGACUUCCGUGCAUCUAUCUUGUGGACUCUGGCGGUGCCAACCUCCCCCACCAGGCAGAUGUCUUCCCUGAUCGUGACCACUUUGGUCGUAUCUUCUUCAACCAGGCGCGGAUGAGCUCCCUGGGCAUCCCGCAACUGUCGGUUGUGAUGGGCCCUUGCACUGCGGGUGGUGCCUACGUACCGGCUAUGAGCGACGAGACGAUUAUCGUUGAGAACCAGGGCACUAUCUUCCUGGCGGGUCCACCCUUGGUGAAGGCUGCCACUGGUGAGGUAGUCUCUGCCGAAGAUCUUGGUGGUGGUCAAUUACACUCCACCAUUUCUGGUGUGACGGACUAUCUGGCCGUGGAUGAUGCACAUGCUCUGACACUAGCCCGCCGCUCAGUAGCCAAUCUGAACUACCCCAUCACAAAAAUGCCGCAACAACUCGAGGACGCCGUGAUCAAGGAGCCGCUUUACGACCCUGCAGAGCUGAAUGGUAUUGUAGGAGUCAACCUCCGCCGGCAGAUCCCUGCCCACGAGGUGAUUGCGCGCAUCGUUGACGGAAGCGAGUUUGCUGAGUUCAAGCGUGACUACGGGACCACCCUGGUGACUGGCUUUGCCAAGAUCCACGGCCACAAAGUCGGCAUCGUCGCCAAUAAUGGUAUUCUGUUCUCCGAAUCUUCGCUCAAGGGCGCUCAUUUCAUCGAGCUGUGCGCCCAGCGUCGCAUUCCUCUUGUCUUCUUGCAGAACAUCUCGGGCUUCAUGGUCGGUGCUGAUGCCGAGAAGGGCGGAAUUGCCAAGAACGGUGCCAAAUUGGUGACGGCCGUCGCCUGCGCCGAUGUACCCAAGUUCACCGUGGUCUUUGGUUCCAGUGCCGGUGCUGGCAACUAUGGAAUGUGUGGCCGCGCCUACUCCCCCCGGCUGAUGUUCAUGUGGCCCAACUCCAAGAUCGGCGUCAUGGGUUCUGAACAGCUCUCCUCGGUGAUGGAAGCCGUCGGGAAGACCGCCGAUCCUGCCCUCAAGGCACGCAUCGACCGCGAGUCAGAAGCGAUCUUUGCUUCUGCUCGUCUCUGGGAUGACGGUGUCAUUCCUCCCGCACAGACGCGAAAGAUGCUUGGCUUGGGAUUGGCAGCCGCAGUGGGUGGUAAGGGAGAGCCAGAUAUUCAGACCCGCUUCGGUGUAUUCCGUAUGUAG